AUGGAUGACGGGGUGGAACAGUUCAUGACCGUGACUGGUGUCGCCUCCGGCCGCAUCGCUCGCGGCUACCUAGACAUCUCAAAUGGGGAUCCGAUGCAGGCCAUCACGCUAUUCUUCGAGAACCCCGAUCUCCAGGCGAGCUUCAGCGCACCAUCUGCUGCACCUGCUGCCUCAGCCCAGCCAAGUCGAGCCACGAGACGCACCGGCCGUGAGGAUGCCGGCGGUGUUAUUCACAUCGAUUCCGACGACGACGAGGAUGUUUCUAUGACGGAUGACCCCAUCAACGACUCUGAUGACGACGGUGUGAUCUGGGUGGCGAGAAACGCACAAGAAGAGGAGGAUGCCGAGAUGGCAAGACGGCUGCAAGACGAGCUGUACGGACCGGGUCCCGGCGGCGCUGCUGGGUCCGGUGCUUCGGAAGACGGCGUGCGAGCUCCCAUAGCUAGAACCACAGAGAUGCUGGCUGCGCCGGACCCGUCCUGGGGUCUGCAUGAUGAGGACCGGGAGGCUGCCGUCUUGGAGCAGAUCCGAGCUCGUCGCCAUCCGCCUCGACGACCUCAUAACAACUCUUCGAACCCUUUCCAGCAGACACCCGGCUUCUGGGACGACGCAUCUGCGCCGCCGGUACCGAGCGGCACCAGACCAGGACCCGCCGCUGCACCCGUAUCACGACCAGCCAUGUUAGCCAGUCUCUUUCGGCCGCCGUACGACUUGAUGAGUCCAUGGACGUGGGACCAUGCGAGAGACGAGGGCAAGGACCAGAAGAAGUGGCUUCUAGUCAACCUCCAGGACCUUAGUGUGUUUCAGUGCCAGGCCUUGAACAGAGAUCAUUGGAAGAAUGACGAUAUCAAGUCCCUUGUCAAGGAGCAUUUCAUCUUCCUGCAGUACGACAAGACGGACCCGACGGCCACCGACUACAUCCAAUUCUACUUCCCCAACGAAGCCCACGAAAACCAAGACAAUUAUCCUCAUGUCUCAGUUGUCGACCCGCGAACAGGAGAACAAGUCAAAGUCUGGUCGGGAAGCGAAUUUCCAUCGGUGACGGAUUUCUAUUCGGAGCUCGUCGAGUUCCUCGAUCGGUAUAGCUUGGCUGCUAACAGCAAGAACCCUGUGGUGAAGUCGAAGCCGAAGGCUAAACAGGUUGACGUGGGACGAUUGACCGAGGAAGAGAUGUUACAGCUGGCGAUGCAAAACAGCCUUGACAACGACGGUGGAUCCUCUGGGUCCAAUGUUGAAGACCCGGACUCACUUACAAAGAGCAAAGGAAAGGGCAAGGCGACGGAUGAGGCUGUCGAUCUUACGGGUGGCUCUGAACAGGCUCCUCCUCCCCCGACGGUUGAGUCAACAUUUGCACAGAUCUCGGCAAUUAGCCCCCAUGUGGAGCCGGAGAACAAUCCGGCUACUACAACCAGAAUACAGUUCCGACACUCUGGAGGACGAGUCAUCCGCCGGUUCAAUGCUACGGAUACAGUUCGGUGUUUGUUUGAGUGGCUCAAGGCGGAGCCGUUGGAGGGCAAGGAGGGCGUCCAGUUCGAACUGAAGGCAAUGCCGGCAGGCCGAGACUUGAUCGAAGAGCUCGACAAGACUAUCGAGGAGGCUGGUUUGAAGCAGGGAACAGUUAUGAUCGAAUUCCUUGAGGAUUCGUAA